AUGCUGCCACGACGGAAAAAUGCCGUCGUUGUCAUGCAUGAAACCGACUGGACAGCAAUCACUUUUCGUCGGCGUUCAUGCACGUUGCCGACCGCACGCUGGUUGCCUUGGGUGCGGACGGCCGUGCAUGUGCUGCGGCAAUGCCAUUUGCUGUGUCACUUGUGGCCACAUGGGCUACCGAGCACAGCCCGAGAAUCAGUGCCGACAGGAGCGGGGCCGCUCUGUUCUGCAUCGUUUCACGCUGACGGUCUGACGAGGAUACGGCCGACCAUCGCCUGGGCGGUGGGAAGCCACGCGUCAAGUCCCACCCUGUGCGCCUGCUCGGCGAUGCGAUUGAUCGAUUUCUCAAUUUUGGUUUGCACGUCACCGCCGCUGCACAGCAGUUCGUGCCCCUUUGCUGUCGACCGUGGCUGGGCGCAGGAGCUGGGGCGCCGCAGCAGCACCAUGCGGUCCUUUCUCGUUGGGUGCGUUCACAGUGCGUUGCACCACGGUAUCGAGGCAACUGCUCCGUGUCCAGCCCUCACUCAUCUCCACAGCCUGGAAGUGCGGCACCGCGACAGCUGCACGGCAUCUCUUGGCCCACGCGCAUCAAAGAAGGAUACUUCUGCCCACCUGGCAGCCAAUCUAGCACCGCUGCGGAGGAUUGUUGGGUUCCUCGAACCCACACAGCACGAACGCCUCACAUUUCUUUGGUAUAUUGAGGAAGAGCGUGGCGCAAUCUGCUCGGAAACCAUGCCUUAUUCAAUACAUGGGAAUGCAGUGACGAGUAUUCCGCUGCCGAGAGAUGCUGUACUUGACGGAAUGCGACGCGUCUGUAGCCACAUGGGGAUCUUCCCGCACCACACCCACGCCCCUCAUGCUGAGCAGCGAAUUUUCGUCUGCGACACUGUGAGCUGCGACGGGGUGGGCGUUCUCCAGCCACGGCACGCCCAAGACGCCCCGGAUGGCUCGUCGUCUCUCGCUCAGCAUGCAUCUGGAUCCGCUGCAAUGCCACUUGACUCCCCGGACAGCCGAGCUGCCUGUGGGGCAUCACCGCACAGCUGCUGGCAGCCUUGCAUGCUCCUGCCGAGCGGAGCGUCCUGCCACUGA